UGCUUCCGGGUCGGGAGCGCGCUGGCGGCGACGGCGACGGCGGGGAGCUAGGCGGCCGCGGCCGGGGCCUAGUUCGUCAGCGAGAGCCGGGCCGGAGCCGGGGCCGGGGUCGGCCCGAGCCGCAGCGCGGCGGAGAGGAGCCGGAGCGGCGCCGGGGUCGGGCCGCCCCCUGAUGUCCAGCCAUGGAUGACGACAGUCAGGACGAGCUCAUCAGCAGGACCGCGGCGGCCCGAGGCCAGAGUGGGGGCCAGGUGGUCAGCGAGGCAGACGACAGCAGUGACGUUGGGUCCAGUGGGGACUCUGAGGAAGACACAGGGAGCGAGGAGGAAGGAGAGGAAGAAGGCUCUGACUGGGACAGUUCUGAAGAUGAUGACUCUGUAGAUGAGGAAGAGAUGGAGGUGUCUUUGGAAGCCACCCCAGAGCCCCCCAAAGGACAGCCGGACCUCGUAGCUGGGGGGAGCGUGAGUUCUGACGAGGAUGCCGAGAGCUGUCCCAUCUGCCUAAAUGCCUUUCAGGAUCAGGCAGUGGGCACCCCAGAGAACUGCACCCACUAUUUCUGCCUCGACUGCAUAGUGGAGUGGUCAAAGAAUGCCAACUCGUGCCCCGUGGAUCGUAUUCUCUUUAAGUGGAUUUGCAUCCGGGCUAGAUUUGGGGGCAAGGUCUUGAAAAGGAUUCCUGUGGAGAGUCAGAAGGUCCCUCAGGCUGAGGAGGAAGAAGACCCCACCUUUUGUGAAGUAUGUGGCCGGAGUGACCGGGAGGAUCGGCUGCUGCUCUGUGAUGGCUGUGAUGCCGGGUACCAUAUGGAGUGUUUGAACCCCUCCCUGAGUGAGGUGCCCGUCGACGAGUGGUUUUGUCCUGAAUGCGUUGCCACAGCUGCCCCAGCAGCACCCCCAUCUGCCACCACUGAUGUGGAGCCUAUAAGUGAAGAGGAGGUGGCCUUGCUUCUGGUUGAUGUGGUCCCCACCACCAGUCGACUGCGCCCCAGCGCAGGCCGGACCCGGGCUAUCGCCAGGACUCGCCAGAGUGAGAGGGUGAGAGCCACCGUGAACCGAAACCGCAUCAGCACUGCCCGCCGGAUUCAGCGGGUGCCCAGGUACCUCAUGUCGUCCCUCCUGGACGAGACCAUUGAGGCUGUGGCCUCUGGCCUGAGCACGGCUGUGUAUCACCGGCCUUUGACACCCCGGGCCCAAGUCAGAAGGAAGAGGAAAACAGGGAGAAGGAAGAAAGCGUCUGGAAGAAGGAGAGCGCCGUCCAAAUCCUCAGCGAGAAACAAGGCUUCAGGGACACGCCCCAAGAGGCGCAAGUCCCGAGUGAGGAAAAGGAAAGGGCAAAGGAGUCGGGUGAAAACUGAAAUCACUGCUCGUUCUCGCAUCGCCAGGACGCUGGGCCUCGGGAAGCCCCUGCGUGGAGCCUCCAUCCCUUCUGUAUAUAAGCCAGUCGAGCCUUCUCUGGGAUUCCUGCGAGCAGAUAUUGGAGCGGCUUCCUUGUCUCUGUUUGGAGACCCUUAUGAGCUAGACCCCUAUGACAGUAGUGAAGAGCUCACAGCAAACCAGGCGUCUCCUCUGAGUACCAAGAGGCGGAUUCUUUCACAGUCGGCCCUCAGAUCUCACCAACCUGUGGCUAGACCCGUUUCUGUGGGCCUUUCCAGGAGGAGCGUUCCUGCCUCAGUUCCUGAACAAGACGUGGAGGUGACACCUGUCCCAGAUCUCUUGGGGAGCAUCCUAUCUGGGCAGAAUCUUUUAAUGAUGAGUGGCUCAGAUGUGGUCAUCAAUCGAGAUGGUUCCCUCACAGCCCGGAAAGCAGCCCCGAUUUCCUUGCAGAGAAGUUCGGCUGCCAAGUCCCGGAAAGAUGGCGAGGCUGGGACCCACAGUAGCAUCCAGCCUAGGACCUUACAAACGGGGACCUCAGCUGGCCGCCUCAGCUCAGAUGUCUCUGAGCAUUUGGGCUUGAACUCUCAUGGGGGGCCCACCACCAGCAUGCUUUCUGCUUCCUCCUCUUCCUGCCUCGGGGGCUUAGAGAAGUCUGUGAACCCUUCCCCAAGUGUGCCCAGAAGGGCAGCUGUGAAAUUAGAAUAUUCGAUGACCCCUCGCCCAGUCCAGACACAGAACUUGGCCAAUAGGAGCAAACUGGGUUUAAAACCAAAUGAAGUAACAACCCAGUUUAAUGGCGACAACAAACGUCCUGUGUCAGUGACGUCUGAGUCCCCUAAGGUUUGGAAAAGGACAGCGAUUGGACAGCCCCUCCCACCGGCUCCUAGGAGGAUCGACAUCUCAGAGCUUCCCAGGAUACCAAAGAUGAAGAGAGAAGGUGGCGGUGGCAAUGACAGCAAUGUGGAUUCCAAGCCCACCGGUGGUAAGGGUGCAGACAUCCCCAGCUCCUGCAUCAGCCGGCUGACAGGGCGGGAAGGCAGCAGCCAGCCUGCCCGAGGGGGCCGCAGCGAGAGCAAGCCCAGCAGCCGGGACGCCCAGGAGCCCAAGACACACUCAGGCAGUGGUGGUGCUUGUGCCAGUGCCAGCGGCCCAGGUUCGCACAGCAGCCUGGCUCCAUUUGGGCCAUCCCGAGGCAAGGGUCUGGGCUCCUCCUUUGAGAGCUUUAGAAUUAACAUCCCCGGGAAUGCAGCGCACACCAGCAGGCUCCCGAACCCUGGCUUCUGUAACACUUUCCGACCAGUUGACAACAAAGUCCAGCGUAAGGAGAACCCUUCACCCCUCUUCUCAAUCAAGAAAACCAAGCAGAUCAAAAGCGAGAUCUAUGACCCCUUUGACCCAACAGGGUCAGAUUCGAGCUCCCCCAGCAGCAGCCCUGAAAGAAUGGGUGCGGGGCUGCUGCCCUCCGAGAUCACCCGCACCAUCUCCGUGGACAGGCCGAAGGCCCCGACCUUCCAGACCGUCCGCUGUGUGACCUCGUACACAGUAGAGAAUGUCUUUGAGUCAGGUUCCGACCCAUCUGAUGGGCCAUCCUCCAGCCACCCUGAGCGGAUUGCCACAGGUGUAUCUGACCUGGAGAAGAUGGAGGAAGAGGAGGAGGAGGAGCCUGGGAGCAGCCCCUGCGUGUCUACCACCAUACGGCGGCGACUGUCUGAGCGGGAGCCCCUGGAGGCAGACGGGCGUGAGCGCCGCAGCACUUUCUUUGACACAGAGGAACGGACCGUGACAUGUGUGACCAUUGAGCCAGCCUCACCCUCCGAGGAGGAAGAGGAGGAGGAGGAGGAAGACCGACCGCCAGCCACCACCCACAGGAUUGUUGAGAUUCAUUCCCCUUCUCGGUCACGUUCCAACUCGAGUUCACGCAGCCACAAAAAAGCCAAGCGGAAAAAAGCAUCCACCAAGGAGCACAAGAAGACACGGUCCCGCUCACAUUCACAAUCUCCCUCUCGGGAGAGAAGCUCACGGUCGACCUCCUGGUCAGUUGAGGAGGACUACGCCAAGAAGCACCGGUUCAAGGCCAAGCCCCGGAGGUCAUCCAGCGACCGCUCCAGCAGCCACGACAGAACCAAGAAGAAGAGAGCCAAGGAUAAAGGCAAGGAGAAGAGGAAGGGCUCGUGGUCGCGGGACCGCCGAAAGUCCCGGUCGCGCUCAGGGAGCCCCGGCAGUUCCUCCUAUGAGGUCUGUGAGAGCCGCAAGAAGAGGAGGAGGCGGUCAAGCUCCCGGGGCCGGGGCCGAGAGGGCUCGCGGUCCAGCAGCACUGAGAGAGCCCGCAGGCACAAGCACCGGAGACAGAAGAGCUUUGAGCGCUAUGAGAAGAAGGAGAGGAGUUCGCGGCCCCAUGACCGAAGGAGUUCCCGCUCACGAUCGCGGGAGAGGAGGAAGUGGAGGUCCCGCUCUCCCUCUGCCUCCAGGUCCAGGGAGCACAAGAGGGCCCGGUCCAGGGAGAAGCGGCCCCGCUCGCGGUCCCGCUCAAGGGACAGGAAACAGCCUGUGAAAGAUGUGUCUCCACCACCCCUGCAGGAGAAGGAGCCCAAGCCUGCUGAGGAGAGCCCCCCACCCAAGCCAGCAGCCCCAGGCCAGGCUGAUGGGCCACAGGCUCCUCUGGCUGUGGAAGAGACGGUGCCUGAAGUGCCCAAAGAGGUGGCUAUGGAUGACCUGGACUAUGGGGACACCGUGGAGGCCGAGCAUGUCUUUGAUGACUUCUGCAGUGAUGCUGUCUUCAUUCAGCUGGAUGACAUGAGCUCUCCCCCUUCCCCAGAAAGUACAGACUCCUCCCCAGAGAGGGGCCUCCUGCUUCCCCCAGCUCUGCCUGCGGGCAGCAGCUCAUGCAGUCUGAGCCUGGGGGCAGUCCCUGCUGCCAGAUGUGAGGCCCCCCCAGUGUCCCCAGCUCCCUCAGAGGGCCCCCUGGGGGAGGCCGCGCCCUCCCAGGGGGCCCUGGAGAACCAGGGCAGGGAGUUGACCAUGGUGAAAGAGGACCCCGAGGUCAGGGAAGAGGUCAGGGAGGAGGUGAUCAGCGAGGCCGUCAGUGAGGCAGUCAGUGAGACCGUGGAGACUGCAAUGGAAGUCGUUUCCCAAAUCCCCUUACUGAAGUCCAAAGCUUUGGUGAAGAGGGUAACUUGGAACCUUCAGGAAGAGGAGGACAGCAUGGUGGGCCCAGGGCCCGGACCAAGGGCACCGUUGUACAAGCUACCAAGAUCCCUGGAAGGGGCCUGGAAAGCGGAGGAUUCGAACCCCAGCCUAAAUCAGGUGCAGUUCCGUGAGCCUCCUCCCACCAAUUACAUGGUCGCUGAGCCCAUGUUUCCUGACCUAGAUUGCUCUCAGGUUUACAGCCCCAACAUGCCUCUGACCCCGACUCUGCCCCUGAGUGUGCCGCCCUAUGCCCCGGUCAGCCAGCCCACCGUCCAGUUUAUCAUGCAAGGCAGCCUGCCCCUCGUGGGCUGUGGGCCAGGACAGAGCCUGACCCCAGAGCCGGCCAUGCUGGCCGCAGCCUCAGAACCUAGCGGCCAGGCACCGGCCACAGGAGAUGGGGAUGAGAAGACGACAGCCAAACCAGCCGCUGAGAAAACAAAAAACGAAGAGUAUAUGAAGAAGCUGCACGUGCAGGAGCGGGCCGUGGAGGAGGUAAAACUGGCUAUCAAGCCCUUCUAUCAGAAGCGCGAGAUCACCAAGGAGGAGUACAAGGACAUCCUGCGCAAGGCGGUGCAAAAGAUCUGUCACAGCAAAAGUGGGGAGAUCAACCCCAUGAAGGUUGCAAACCUGGUCAAGGCCUACGUGGAGAAGUACAAACACAUGAGGAAACACAAGAAGCCGUUGGAGCCUGAGGAGGAGCCGCACGAUGUGGAAAACUGAGGCUGCAGGCCAUACAUGCACAGGCGCACGCCCCACAGCAGCCAGCAGUACCUGAAAAGUACUGAUGGAACCUUUGGUCACCACGUCAGAGGGGACAGCUUUUUUAUAUAUAUAUACAUAUACAUAUAUAUAUAUAUAUAUAUAUACAUACAUACAGUCACUAUAUAUUCUAUAGACGCUGUUUUCAUUGUGUUCUAAUUUAUCGAAACAUGGAUUGUCUCUAGAAACCUCUGAAUCGAUUUCAUACUUGAAUUGUGCAGCCUGGAGCCAGUCCACUUGGAGCGGAGACCGCCCCGCAGGAAGGGCUGGCUCGCCAGCCACCCCUGUUGCCUGCUCCCUUCUGUAGGACUUGUCUUCUGAUUCCAGUUACGUUUCUGUUGGUGAAUGCGGGGGGAAAAGCGCUGGUGCAGGGGGCCGGCCGGCCUUUCCCCGGCUCCUCCAAGAGCACCAUGCUAAUGUCUGUUAAGAACAUUUUGUAUUUUUUGAGUAGAGUUUGGUGGCUUUAAAGCA